CACGUACAGCUCCUUUCGACUUCUCUUCUCCGUGUGCAUCGUCGUUCGGUCGUUUAACGUGACGGUACAAAAUGUAACGUGGCCGAUCUUUCGACGUUGCGUCGUCUGUUGGACGGUUUCGCUCGAUCGCUCUUGCUUGGACGUACCACGGAUACAAGCCACUUAACUACGAUGGGAGCCAGCUGAUGCUAAUCAUUGUUGUCCACGCGAUGGCAAUAUGGCGAAUAUCAAGGUGGCAGUUCGUGUAAGACCGAUCUCUGCCAGAGAGCUGAAUUUAACUGGAUCAGAGGUGGUUGUUCAUACGGAGUCGAACGGGAUUUCCUUAACAAACGUGAAGGUAUCUUCGAGCAAAGCUGGAGAUAGUCGCGAAAGAACACGGAAAUAUGGUUUCGAUUACUGCUUCGAUUCGUCGAAUCCAGAGGCACAGAGUUUCGCGGACCAGGCAAGGAUUUACCAGACGCUUGGCCAAACCGUCUUGGACGCUCUUUUCACUGGCUAUAAUUCCUGUCUGGUGGCGUACGGACAAAGCGCGUCAGGAAAAACCUACACCGUGAUGGGAACCAAGGAAGAUCCUGGACUCACGCCGCGUCUCUGCGAAGGAAUUUUCGCUAGGAUCGAGGAGGAAAGGAAAAACGAGAGGAACUAUAGUGUUUCUGUCAGUUACUUGGAGAUAUAUAACGAGAAGGUGAGGGAUCUUUUGAAGCCGUCCUCGAGCACGAGCGGAUUGAGAGUUCGCGAGCAUCCUCGACUCGGCCCUUAUGUUCAAGGACUGACCCAUCACGCGGUUCGCACGCUGGGGUCGUUGAUGUCCUAUGUGGAGGAGGGAACGAAAGCCCGGAAGACAGCAUCGACGUUGCAAAAUCCUAGUAGCAGUCGUAGCCACGCUCUGUUGACGAUCGCCGUUGCAGAGGAGUCGCAGUGUGUCGGUAACAGCGUCAGUUCGAGGAAGAAAGAGAUCUCGCCACGCGGUGGUAGCAAAUUACGGUUGGUCGAUCUGGCGGGCAGCGAGAGCGCGGCCACGUGCAGCGGCGUACAUCGACUGAAAGAGGGCGCGAAUAUAAACAAGAGUCUAGUGGCUCUAGGGAACGUAAUAUCAGCCCUUGCGGAGAGAGGCACGACCGGAAGUGGUUCGGGCAGGAGGUUCAUCCCUUAUAGAGAUUCUUCGCUUACUUGGCUGUUGAAGGACGCACUUGGCGGAAAUGCCACUACCAUUAUGCUCGCCACGAUCUCGCCAGCAAGCGGAAGUUACAACGAGACCGCGCACACGCUGCGAUUCGCGCAGAGAGCGCAAAGCGUGGUCAAUCGGCCGGUGGUCAACGAGGAUCCCGUGGCGAAAAUCAUCCGCGAGUUGAAAGCUGAGGUGGCCCGAUUAAAGUUUUUAUUGUUAGAAAAGGCAAGUCGAAUUUAUAACGUACGAUUUUCAAAUUUCAGAGAUUUAUGUGUUUACGCGCUUGAGUGUAAGUAUGCGUGCUUGAAUAUAAAAGAGAGAAGUGCAUGGGCACUGAAAGAUUUGGAUGAACGUCGUUGCCUAACAUUCCAACGUUAUAUUUUCGUCGUAAAAAAUCAUAUUUUACAGAACGCAGAAGCAGCUACGAACGCGUUGUGUUGUUGCCAGAAGAAUCGACCAAACUGCAAUACGAAUACAGAUCGAUCAUCAAAAGAAGCCGAGGCAGAAUCAACUGAACGAUCCACCCGGCGAAAUUCGGGAGAAAAAUCCCAAGAGGAGGAAGCAAUAGUAGCUGGAUCGAGGAUAGAAGAAGAAAAAAGACCGAAGAGCGUCGUUUCAGUUCGAAGAUCCAAUUCCAGCGACAGCGUUACCACGUACGAGGUCGGUUCGUCCAAAAAGAAAUUCGGUUCGCUAGAAUUUUUGGCGACGAGCGAUCGCUUCAACCGAGCAAAGGUGACGGAGUUGAACGACGAAGAAGACGAAGUGAGCGAGAUCCACGAGUCCGUGUUCGUCGACAUCCCCACAUUGGUUGCGGUUUUGAUCAAGCCGGAUAACAAUCUGCAAGAAUCCUCGGUUCAGAUCGAGGAGAUUUGUUCGGACGAGGUUGUGGAAGAAGAAUCGAUCGAUGUGGAUUUCGAGGCGGCUAACGACGAUCACGAAGCGUUCGGCGAGUUUGAGAAACUGGACAGUAUCGAUCACGAUGAUAGAAGCAGCUCUGUGAAUUCGUGUCACACUUUUGGGGACAUCGAAGCGGAGGCUUAUCAAAAUUCCGAAAGUCAUCAAGUAAAAUCAGUUUCCAAACCUAAGCAAAAGCCGAAGUUUCGUAAGCAGGACUCGGUGCACGUGUUUCCAACCUCUGUUCUUUCCAAUCUACACACGUUGAAGAAAUUUGGUUCGGUGGAGACGAUCCAGAAGAAUAGAGAUCCUGUAUUCUCGUUGGAAAGAUCUCAUACAAAUUUAGAGAAACGUUGUACGGUUCCUGAUAGAGUGAAGAAGUUAAACAAUAUCCGGGAGAUCGAUGAUCAGAAGAUAUCGAAUAGAGGUAACUGGUCUAAAGAGCAGCUUCAACGAAAAGGUAGCAACGAUUCGGAUAAGAGUCUAAAAGAAUCCAACAACCAACCUGGAUCGAAGAUAAAAAACUACGCGAGGAAGCCUAGUUUGGAGAACCUGAAGAGAAAGACUAGCAAGGAUAGCAGUUCGAGUAGUUCGAAAGACGAACAGAUUCUGAUUUCGAGUCUGGCUCGAGAUAAACUAUUGCGUAGAAAGAAUUCGUUAGACCAAGAGCCUUCCGUCAAGAACCACACGCCUAUUCAAAGAGUCAAACGCGCUGAAAUCGUGGCGGCAGUUACGGAGAGAUUGUAUUCGAGUAGAAAAAACGUGGAGGAUGUUCCAGGGAUGCGGUCUCCUCCAGACACAGGCGAGGUAAAGUCUGUGGCCAAGUUGAAGCUGCAGGAGAUCUCGAGGAAGAUGCUGGGUAAACGUAGACGAGUCUGCGUGGACACUCAGACGGAUUGCUCGAGGACUAUUCGCAUGAAGGACACUGCGUCUCUUACAGAAACGCCACGGAUAGUCUGUCAGGACGUUGCAGUUCUAACAGAUUAUCAUCAAGACUGCGAAUACGUUUUGAAUCAAAAGACACCUGUUUUGAGAGUGAAAGAGACUGCUACUUCGACGGAGAAACCUAAGACGAACAUUGUCAGAUGUAAAGACGUGGCAAGUUUGGCGAACGAUCUCGAAGAAUACGAUUACGAAAUUCACUCUCCGCGCAAUGACUCUGGAAUUCUUUCCGACGACACUCAAAAUUACGCGGAGAGCAAUUUAAGUAGCACAGAGGUGUCUGAUCUAUGUCAAGAAGCUGACAGAAGAGUGGUAUACGCAGAAAGUUCGACGAAUACGAGUAUGUUCUCUUCUUGUCGUAGCUUUGCGGUACAGACACCGCGACCGGAAGUCUUUGGUCAAUCAUUACCACAGAACAAAGCUCCUACUUGCGCAAGACGAUGUUGCAACUCCAUCAAAGAUUCUCAAAGUCAUUCAUCGAUUAAUAAUUCUGAGAAAAGUGUAAUUUCUAUUUCAUUACCGGAUACCAUCAACAUUACCAUCGAAACCAUGAAUACCGUAGAUUCUAGGAUCGCAGUGCCGGACAACGAGGCAUCGCAACAAAAUGCGAAAUGUUCUACGAAGGACGAGGAAGCUCAAACCAACGAAUGGAACGAUCUUCGUAACGAGAUCUUCUGUUCGAAGGAUCAGACCACAUCGACGCCUAGCCAAACCGAUAGCAGGGUAUUCCGAAUCGAGAACAUCUUUCAGGACCCUAACAACGCGGCCAAGUAUUCGAGAACAGAUCCGAAUCGAAUGCAGGGGACGAGGAUAAGGAAUUCCAUUACUUUCAGGAAUUCCCUAGGGACAUCGUACGUGCCCCAGUCGAAGAAGCACGAGCCCUCUCUGAGAGAAGUUCACGCUGAAGGAUUUAUCAGGGAUGGAUUAAUCACGGAGGCGUUUAUCAACCGGAAGCGCAGUUUUAAUUUGGAAAGAACACCUAGUUCGGCCGUUUACCAGGAUUCUUGGAGAAACUGGCAAGUUCCUGUGUCCUUGGUUAACACGAUCCAUCCGAUAGAUUCUUCGAAGGGUUUGGGAGUUAUCCCAUCUUCUUGGCAACCGGAAGUCGGCGAAAUUCCGCUGAUCGAACAAAGUUUGUCGCAUAGAAACUACAUUGAGGAAUCACAGGUGGAUUUUGAGAUGGAUAACAUCGAAGAGAUCUCGAAGAUGAAGUCUCCUUCUUGUAAUAUUAAAUCAAAUAAUAAUAUGGAUCAUGAACAUGGUUUCUCAGAUGAUAGUUUGGACUAUAACGAGAGUAACGUAUGUAGCGAGUCGAUGAUACUGAAAAGCGAACAGAUGGUUGAACAGCGUGAGAAUUUUUGUCCACCUGACGUAGUAGCGCAUACUAAAAAAGAUUGUUCAAAAUCUAUCGAAGAGAAGAACGAAUCUAUUAACGAUUUCGAAGACAAUCAAGUGGAAUUCCCUAAGAAGAAUCUUACAGAGUCAACAGAAGCUAUUAAUAUACACGAUUACAAAUUUUUGAUCUUGGGUAGGCCUUGUUAUAACUAUGAAGAAACCAACGACGAAUCUAAUAUUUACUUGAAUCAUGUGAAAAGUUCGGGGAAGAAGAAAGUAUCCUUCUCCAACUCCAAUGUCCUCGAAAAGAAGUUAACUUGUGAACCAUCAGGAACCUUGAAGUCUAUCAUUAAAAAGAGGAUGAAGAAGAACAUGUCCGAAGUUCUAAACUCUUCCAACGAUGAAACUGACGAUUCUCAGCAAGAGGAAAGGAUCAAUUUAACCUUGGAAAGCGAACGGAAAGGUGAGUCCGCAAGUUCAGAAGAAGACAAAGAAGAUCAGGAUUCGGUGAAAUUCGAGGGAAAUUCGAAGCAGAAUCGCAAGAAGGUCAAGUUCUCCGUGGAAGAAUCAUCAGAGAACACGUGCAGUGAGUCGGACAGCUACGAGAAUGUGGAGGAGGAGGAGGAGGAGGAGGACGACGAUGACGACGACGACAACGACGAGACAGAAAAGAUCCUGCUCGAUCGUGCGGGCAGGAACGUUCUCGAAGAGUAUCUGAGCGAGGCGGUGACCUUCAUGCGAAAUCUGAACUCUAUCAGCGAGUACGUGAACGGGACGAGCAUGCUCGAGAGAAAUCCCUUGUCACGGACAUCUUUGGAUUAUGGGCGAAGUGGACAACGAGGUGGUCGUCGACGGAGCUGUCUCUCCUCCUGGAAUCGCGAUUACUCAGAAUUCGUAGGUCGUAAGGUCAAUCCAAAGAACGACGAUGACUAUCUAAGAGAGGACGAUGAUACAAUGAUGUCAAUGGAUUCUUACGAGAGGUGUAUGAGGGGCAUCCAGAGGUUGGAGCACUGCAUUCGGAGAGUCGAUAAGCACAACGAGCUGCUUAGGAAAAAAUAUGGCAUUAAUUGCGAAUCUGCUGGCGCUAGACUGGAUCUAGCGAGUCCUAGCACAGAGCCUCGCGCGUCGAAGACGAACGAUGACUUCGAGAUUCUUCGUGAAACGGAAAGUCCCUUGGAAAGGGAUUCCAGUGUCGUAGAACAGAAAGAAGACGAUUUGGAGAAGAAAAUCUUCAAUCAGUUGAUGAAUGUUGCCAAUUCUAUCCGUUACGGAAAUUCUAAUAAACUUCAAUCUCGUUUACUCGCUUCAUCCGAAUCUAACUCGAGGAGUCCUAGCUGUGGCUCGAAAUUUCGCGAGAAAUAUCGUUACGCUAUGAAAGAACCAUUCUGCGGAGAUGUUAAAGGAAAUUUCAGUUUGGAAGAGACUUCGGACGAUCGCAAAGAUCUCACCACGUACGAGAUAACAGGGAAUCUAUCCGUUGAGAAGACUUGUUCCGCCGAACAAAAGAACGAUGACUUGGACUCUAUUAUGGAAGAAGAUUUCUUACCUCUGAGAAGAUUUAAUCGUUCCUCUUGGUCAACUGAUUUAGAUCGUCCAACAUUUAGGACAGAUAGACUGGACGACUCGAGCAAGUACAGUUUUCUUUCGAAAUACAAAGUAAACGAUUCAAGGACCUCUGAUACCACUGACUCUUUGGGGAAAAUGUACAAUAUAAGGGGAAGCUUCCCCAAGCAACGAGUGUUGACCGACAGCGCGCGGAAAAGAUUUCAAGAAACGGACGAUUAUUCGCGAAGAACCAGGGACGGAUGUUGCAGGAUGUGCGCGUGUUCGAAAGAUCACUCGGAUAUCGAGAGUACGCCCGGCGAAAUCAUGCAUCUCAGGGAUAAAUUGAAAUAUCCCGGAAGUCCCAGGGCAAGAUUUCUGGAGCUUCUUCGGGAGAGGCGACGAAUAGUCGAGUGCAGCCGUGGCACGAGUGCCUCUUGAACGCGCCUUCCCUAGUCGUCCCUUUUCAACUGUAAAAUGUAUUUUUCUAUUGUAACGCGUCGUCACAAUGUCGACGACGACGUCCUCUUUGUAAAUAAUAGAUUUCAGAACCUUUUGUAACGUUUGUCACAGCACCCACGACGAAAUUUAACUUAUUUAUCUUCUGAGCAUUCUAUUAAGAUCGUGUAAUUCGCCCCUGUUCGUAAUAUUAAAUUACUUUCUUUAUGAUUCCUCUCUUCUUCUUCUGUGGUAAGCCAAAGAUUAAGAUAGUGAUUCAUACGUGUAUGACAUGCUCAUAUGUAUGAAUAUCAUAGUGGCGUAAAUCUAGAUUUUGAGAAUUUUAAUUUAAUUUCCUUAGAUUUAUAAUUCAUCAAUUUAUAAUCCGAUUCUAUGCCGUGAUACGUUAUUAUAAUUUGGAAAGAUAAAAUAAAUUUU